AUGUCCUUGAACGCGACGACCUUCCACAAUGUCAUCAACAACGAAUUGACCUCGACGUCACAAACCCGUUACGGAAUCAACCCGGCCAACCGUGAACCAAACCCCGAAGUCCCCGUGUCCACUCAAGACGACCUCGACCGAGCGGUCGAUGCGGCCCGCCAAGCUUUCCAAAAAUGGUCCAAGACCUCGUUCGAUGAGCGCCGAAUUGCCCUCAGUGCCUUCGCAGACAAGCUGGAAGCGAACAAGGAUAUGAUAGCUCAGCUGUUGACCCAAGAACAAGGGAAGCCCCUGAGCCAGUCCGCAGUGGAAGUGGGCAUGGCCACGCAGUGGACACGGACCCUUACCACCACCGAGAUUCCCGAGUCAGUCAUCGAGGAGACGGAAGAACGCAAGAUCAUCCAGCGGUACACCCCGCUGGGUGUCUGUGGAGGCAUUGUGCCGUGGAAUUUCCCUGUCUUGCUAGCUGUGAGCAAGAUCGUCCCCGCUGUCUACACCGGUAACACGAUCAUCUUCAAGCCUUCGCCGUUGACCCCUUAUUGUGGCUUGAAGCUGGCGGAGCUGGCCGCUCAGUGUUUCCCCCCAGGCGUUGUCCAGGCCUUGAGUGGCGGGGACGACCUGGGCCCGAUGAUCACAGAGCACCCAGGCAUCGACAAGAUCAGCUUCACCGGCUCAAUUCCGACCGGAAAGCUGGUCAUGGCCAGUUGUGCCAAGACCCUGAAGCGAGUGACACUGGAGCUGGGUGGAAAUGACCCGGCCAUUGUCUGCGACGAUGUGGAUAUCGACGCUGUUGUCCCCAAGGUCGGCAUUCUCUCCUUCCUGUGCGCGAGCCAAAUUUGCAUGGUGAUCAAGCGGCUGUACGUCCACGAGAAGAUCUACGACGAAUUCCGGGACAAACUGGUGGCAUUUGUGCAAUCCCUCAAGGUCGGCGAAGGCACCCAGCCCGACGUCUUCUUCGGCCCUGUUCAGAACAGUAUGCAAUACGACAAGGCCAAGGAUCUCUACUCGAGCAUCUCCACCGAGGGUCUCAAAGCGGUUCUCGGCGGCACGAUCCAGGACUCGGCGGGCUACUUCAUCACACCGACCAUUAUCGACAACCCACCCGAGUCCGCUCGAGUGGUGCAAGAGGAGGCCUUUGCCCCUAUCCUGCCCAUCAUGAAAUGGUCGGAUGAGGACGACGUGCUCGCGCGGGCCAACGGUACCGAGACCGGACUAGGUUCCUCGGUGUGGAGCAAGGACCCCGUGCGAGCGCGUCGGAUGGCGGACCGUCUCGAGUCGGGCAGCGUGUGGAUCAACUCGCACUUCGAUCUCGCACCAAAUGUACCGUUCGGGGGUCACAAGUCUAGUGGAAUUGGCACCGAAUGGGGUCUGAGUGGGUUGACGGCGUACUGUAACUCGCAAAGCCUGUGGAUCAAGGCAAAUGUCUAA